CAGAAGCAAACGAAUCCGCAUCAACGUCGAAUUAAUCGGAACGCCGAUGAACAAACCAGCCACGCUACAUUGAGACUGACUAGACACGCCACGUCGUCCCCUGCGUCUCCACGCCUUGUACCUUCCCUGCGCCCGUCCUCGACCACAGCUCGCCACGCAAAGCUCCUCCCCGUUGACGUCGCUAACAACAUCCACGGAGAGCAGCGAUGGGCACCGGCGGCCCGUCGCCGCCCGGCGCCCCGCACGGCCUGUUCGGGUCGAGCGGCGCCGGCGGGUUCGGCUACGGCCUGGCCGUCUCCGUCGGUAUCCUCCUCCUCGUCUGCACCGUCGCCUUCGCCGUCUACCUCUGCUGCGCCCGCGCCUCGUCGUCCAUGCCGGUGGCCGACGCCCGCGGGAUUCCGGCGCCGGCGCCGCCCCGCCGCGGCAACGGCGACGUCGAGCUCGGCGGCAUCGACGCGGCGACGCUGGAGGCGUACCCGGCGGUGGUCUACAGGGAGGCGAGGAAGCCGGCCUCGGAGGAGGGGCAGCACGCGGCCUGCUGCGCCGUCUGCCUGGAGAGGUACGCGGACAGCGACGUGGUCCGGGUGCUGCCGGACUGCGGCCACCUGUUCCACCGCGGCUGCGUCGACGCGUGGCUCCGGCGGCGGCCCACGUGCCCGGUGUGCCGGACGUCGCCUCUGCCCAGCCCCAUGCCCACGCCUCUCGCCGAGGUGACGCCGCUGGCGCUGCCGAGGCCGGCGUGAGGCGAGCCCCCUGGUGUCUCUCCGCGGACAUGGCGUCCUUGAAGUUUUCUGGGCUUGCUCUCUGUUUUCUUCCCAUCUGCAUUACGUCUAGACGCCACAUGUAAUUAGAAGGUGAUUAGUUUUGGUCAGUAAUUUUUUGC